AUGACCGCAACAGAAGCAGACCGAGACUCCAACACCGGUAGCCUUGCUUCUGCCGCCGAUGCGACCACCGAACCGUCGAAACCGCUGCCAAAGGGGGUCGUCUUGGGUAAAGACGGUAAACCGUGUCGGUCUUGCUCCUCCAAGAGCGCAUUCUCUAGCUGGGCAGCCCAAGCCAACGCCUCGUUGAAGAAAGGAACUCCUCCGACAACGAGGCCCGCCGAUGACUGUCCUCCCGAUGUCGAGGCUCUUGGUCGCGGGACAUGGGCGCUUUUACAUUCAAUCGCAGCAACAUACCCCGAGAAGCCGUCGCCGAAUCAGAAGGAUGAUCUGCGGGGCUUCAUGAGACUAUUUUCCAAGUUGUACCCUUGCUGGGUAUGUGCCGAAGAUUUUCAAUCCUACAUGCAGAGGGAACAGGUGCGAGUCGACGGCCGCAGUGACUUCGGAAACUGGUUGUGCGAGGCUCACAACGAGGUAAACCGGAAGCUCGGAAAGAAAGAGUUCGACUGCAGCAAAUGGGAAGAGCGGUGGCGCACUGGUUGGAAAGAUGGUCGCUGCGAUUGA